AUGGCAUGCUCAAAAGUAUUUUCAGAAAAUUUACGUGAAUAUACAGAUGAAAUUAUACAGUAUUUUAGAUAUGAUUAUUCGACAUUAUAUUCAUGUAUAUUGGUCAACAGAUUAUGGUGUCGUUUAGCAAUUCCAUUAUUAUGGGAAGAUCCAUUUUCAGUUCCUACCCAAAAUUAUCAAGUUAUUGAAAUUUUAUUAGUUAAUUUAAAUGAAAAAGAUAAAGCACAUUUAAUUGAACAUGGGAUUAUUAAAAAUUUAUUUUAUUCAAAUACUUUAUUUAAUUAUCCUAAUUUUAUUAAAUGUUUAAGUACACAUAAUAUUAGAAUUUCAAUCGAUAAUUUCGCCACUUCUGGAAAAUCUGAAAUUUAUAAGUCAUUAUUUAAAACGUUCAUUGAGAAUGAAGUAAAUUUAUAUUCUUUUGAACUUGUAUUAGAUAUAAGUAUGGAUUAUGAAUAUUUCAAUUAUACUUUGGAAUUGAUUUUACAAAGUCCAUUUAUUAUUCAUAAUAUCAGAAAUUUGGUAAUUCAUAUUUAUAGAUCUGAUAGAAUGAAUAAUAUAAUUCCUUUUUUAGAAUUUUUAUCUUCUAAUUGUAAUUCAAUCUCAUCAAUUCAUUUUUUACUUGCUACUAAAAUUCCAUUAAUUGAAAAAUACUUAUCAAAUAUUAUUGCUUUACAACAAAAUCUUAGAACAAUUUCAUUUGGAUAUAAUGAUCCUUUUUAUAAUUCUAUGUUGUCAUUUAGUAAUUUUUCGAAUACUCUAAACACGAUUAUAUUUUAUCAUAUUGAUUUUAAAAAUAUAAAACUUUUAAAUCAACUUUUCAAUCAAUUAAAUGUUUUAGAAUCAAUUCAUAUCAUUUAUUGUUCAUCUCUUGAUUCAAACUUUAUUCAUCAAAUCAUCAAUAUUGUAAAACCAAUCAAAUUGAAAUCUUUAUUUUUGUCGGAAAUAAUACAGAUUGAAUUAUUACGAUUAUUAUUACAAAAUUCUGGUAAUUAUUUAGAAAAUUUUGAAUUAGGAUUUAUGGCAGAUGAAGUUACUGAAUUAAAACAACAAUUACUUGAAUUAAUUUUAAAUUAUUGUACAAAUGUUAGAUAUUUAAAUAUAGUUAUAUUUGAUAAAAUUAAUAUUCAUCCAAUAUUCAACUUAAUUGAUAAUAAUUUGAAAAAUAUUAAUUAUAUUAUUAUUGAAUUUAAUUUUAUUGAAUCAUAUGAUUCUGGUAAAGUUUGUUCAAUAAUAUUACAAAAUUUAGGACAAAUACUUCCUUCUAAAUUAGAAUAUUUACGUUUGGAUCUCAAUUUUAAUAUAAAUGAUUUGGAAAUAUUUUUGAAAGAAUCUCAGAAUACUUUUAUUAGAAAAUUAUCAAUUAGAAAAACUGCAAUGAAAAAAAUAACAUCAUUUAUUAGAAGAUUAUCAAUUUCAAAAACAACGAUGGAAAAAAAAGGUGUAGAUAGUAUUUUAUCAUGUAUAAAGAAAUAUAUUAUGAAAAAUAAAAGGGUUGAAUAUUUGGCUAUUAAUGUAAUUUUUCAAAAUAAUGAUAGAAUUGAAAUUGAAGAUCUAUAUUCCUUAAAAUAUGAAGUAGAUGAAUUUAAAUUACAUGAUAUUAUUGUUCGAAAAUAUGAUGAUUUAUAUAUUCAAGCUUUUGAUUUUGUAAAUAAUGAUAAGAUAUGCAAAAGUUAUGAUUAUUAA